AUGACAAUUGAGUCAAAGAAUAUAAUAAUCAUUGGAGCAUCUUAUGCAGGUAUUCUAGCGUUGAAGAGUAUAUUAAAUAAAACUAAUCAAUACGAGCAAAUCAAAUUGAAUAUCAUUGUGAUAACACCCAACGAUAAAGCUUUUUAUAAUGUAGCCACACCAAGAUUAUUAAUCGAGUAUGAAAAAAUUGAUAACGUUUUAUUCUCAAUCAAAGAAACUGUGGAUAAUAUAGCAGCCAAGUAUUCAAAUCAUUCUGUUAAUUUCAUUCAAGGUACCGUGAAGCUGGUUGAUUUAGAAAACCAUGAAGUUGUCAUUCAAAGUAAAUAUAAAUAUGAUAAUUUAAUAAUUGCUUCAGGCUCUAGAUCUAUAAUGCCAUGUUGGAAAUUAGAUAAUGAAAAAGAUCAAUCUUUAACCAUUAAUUCAAUAAAGCAUUUGUCACAGCAGAUUAAAAAUUCGAAAUCAAUUGCUAUAAUUGGAGGAGGAACUACAGGAGUUGAAACGUCAGGUGAACUUGCUUCUAAUUACAGUGAUAAGAAAAUAACAUUAUAUUCUGGAUCUAAAAUUGUAUUACAAAGUAUUCCAUGUCUUUCAUCAAAAGCAGAAGAUCAAUUGAAAAAAUUGGGAGUCGAGAUAAUUAAUAAUAAGCAAGUUGAAGUGGACGGUAAUAAAGUAAAAUAUGAUGACAUUGUCCAGGAGUAUGAUUUGGUAAUCCAAGCACAGAAAUUGAUACCAAAUUCUGAAUUCUUGCCUAAUCAGGUAUUAGAAAAUGGAUAUGUUAAAACUGAUGAAUUUUUCAGAUUACAUUCAUUUCCAGAAGUUAUUUGUUUAGGUGAUAUACUUUCAAUUGGGUCACAUUCUUUAGUUGAUUUAUUAUACAAUCAAAAAAAUGUAUUUGAUAAAGUUAUUAGUUACGAAAUAUUUAAAGAUGAAUCAAUUUUAUUUCAAGGUUAUAAACAAUCAACAAGAGCAACAAUGGUAGUACCAAUUGGUAAGAAUGGAGGAGUUGGAGUUGUAUUUGGUAUACCAAUACCCAGUUUCUUAGUAUAUUGGAUAAAAUCUAGAGAUUAUAUGAUAUCAAAAGCUAGAGAUAAUUUAACAUAG